UAUCUUACUAGAUUGACCUCAUUGAAGUUCUAUAUAAAGGCCACCUAAUUGAACUAUACUUAACACAAUUCUCUCUCUCUCUCUUAUUUAUCUUUCUCUUUUUCUAUUUCUCUUUAAAAAGCAAGCACACACCAUGGCACAUAUCCUAAGUGAAGAACAAAUUGUUGAUUUCAAAGAAGCCUUUGGUUUGUUUGACAAAGAUGGAGAUGGUUGCAUUACUGUGGAAGAAUUGGCCACUGUUAUUAGGUCACUGGAUCAGAAUCCCACUGAGGAAGAGCUACAAGAUAUGAUAAGUGAAGUUGAUGCAGAUGGCAAUGGAACCAUUGAAUUUGAUGAGUUCUUGAACUUGAUGGCAAGGAAAAUGAAAGACACUGAUGCAGAAGAGGAGCUAAGAGAGGCUUUCAAGGUUUUUGAUAAAGAUCAAAAUGGCUAUAUAUCUGCCAGUGAGUUGAGACAUGUAAUGAUGAAUCUAGGUGAAAAAUUAAGUGAUGAGGAGGUGAAGCAGAUGAUUAAAGAAGCAGAUAUGGAUGGUGAUGGUCAAGUUGAUUAUGAUGAAUUUGUGAAGAUGAUGAUGGCCAUUAGAUGAAACUAUUUCACCUAUAAAUUCACUGCCUUUAUUUAAUUCCAACAACCUCAUUUUAUUUUAUUUCAAAUUGUUGUUGUUUUAUUUUUUACUUGUACCAAGUGGCCCCAUAAAUUGGUGCUAACAAAGUAUUAGUUAGUUAACCACAUCAUUCUAGUUCCAACUCAAAAAUGUUAUUAUUUUAAUCCUUGUUUAGUGUUAUAUAAUAUAACAGUCAAGUUCUUCUGUUA